AUGUCUGGUGAAUUGAAUAUGUCUGGAGGUGCUCAUAAAGAUGCGUCCAUUGAUGAUCUAUUAUUACCAGAUGGUGUUCAUAAUCAUGAAGAAGAAGAAGGUCGUGAUAGUCCAUCAGCAGGAUCCAUUACUACUGAUGUAGUGGUUAUACCUAAUAAUGAGGUUAAUGGUUAUGUUCCUACUACUAAUAUCGAUGAUGUCGCUAUUAAUAUGAUACCAGAUGGUAUGAAUCCAGUAUUGGAUAAUGUAAUUGCAUCAUUCGAGUUGGGUAUUGAUAUUGAUCCUAAGACUAUUGCCUUCAAUCUCCGUAAUUGUGAGUAUAACCCUCGUAAACAUAACUGUGCUGUGAUAAGAUUUACUAGUCCUACUAAAGCUACAUGCCAUAUCUACCGUAAUGGUAAAGUAAUGAUAAAUGGUGCUUAUACUAUCGAGUUGGCUAAGAAGAUUGGUAAGAAGAUUGUUAAACUUGUGAGGAGGAUAACACAUAAUCCUAGUAUAAAGUUUAUUAACUUUAAAGUUGAGAAUAUGAUAGCAUCAGUCGAUGUAAGAUUCCCCAUACGUCUGGAAAGGUUAGCCUAUGAUCACAGUGCAUAUGCUACUUAUGAACCUGAGCUUUCUUCUGGUCUCUACUUUAGACUAUUUGAUCCUAAACUUGUUAUAAUGAUAUAUGUAUCGGGUAAGAUAUCAUUUAUUGGUGGUAAGACAUUAGAUGAUAUCAGUAAAGCAUUCUGUAGUAUAUAUCCAUUAUUGACACAAUACAAGGAUUGA